AUGCCGUUAGUUCCUAAGUCUUCGUAUUACGAUAAGCACUACAAGCAAUCCGCCGCCCUCAUUCGAGCUCGAAAACCAUACCUUGUGAAAAAUGCUUUGACAGGUGCUGUUAUCUUCGGAUUCGCUAUUGGAGUUUUUGCUUUUACUAUCAAAGCAGUAUCGCAAGACGACUUUGAAGAUGUCAAAGUACCAGCCGCACCAACCAAAUAG